AUGCUCUUCUCGUUCACAGGUGGAAGCAUGUCCCAGGCUGGGGGGACCUCCAGUUUCAGUAUUGGCUCCAUGGGGAGUUCGGCCCAGCCCACGACACUUGCUGGGUUGGCCUUCACUCCAGCCACACCAGCAGCCACUGGAGCAGGAACCACACAGCCAGCUGCUCCCGCACCCAGUGCUGUCACCACCAGUGCUGGACCCACACUCUUUGCUUCACUAGCUACUGCUCCAACCUCAUCUGCUGCCACCGGGCUCUCCCUUGGUGCCCCAGCAACCACAGCUGGAACAUCUGGGCCUGGAAUGCUGGGCUUCAGCCUAAAGGUUCCUCUAGCAGCUUCUACCGCAUCCACAGCUACAUCCACCGUCACCAGCACCACCAGCACCAGCAGCUUCUCCUUGAAUCUAAAACCCCUGGCAUCAGCCAGGAUCCCCAGCAAUGCGCCCACUGCCAUAACCGCUCCGUCUGGCCCCAGUGCAGCCACUGGGGUGUCCACCAGUCCCGUGAUGACCUAUGCCCAGCUGGAGAGUCUGAUCAACAAGUGGAGCCUGGAGCUGGAGGACCAGGAGCGGCACUUCCUGCAGCAGGCCACCCACGUCAACGCCUGGGACCGCACGCUGAUCGAGAACGGGGAGAAGAUCAUCACCCUCCACCGCGAGGUGGAGAAGGUGAAGCUGGACCAGAAGAGGCUGGACGAAGAGUUGGACUUCAUCCUGUCGCAGCAGAAGGAGCUGGAGGACCUGCUGAGCCCUCUGGAGGAGUCCGUCAAGGAGCAGAGCGGGACCGUCUACCUGCAGCAUGCCGACGAGAAGCGCGAGAAGACCUACAAGCUGGCCGAGAACAUCGACGCACAGCUGAAGCGCAUGGCCCAAGACCUCAAGGACAUCAUCGAGCACCUGAACACGUCCGGGGGCCCCGCCGACACCAGCGACCCGCUGCAGCAGAUCUGCAAGAUCCUCAACGCACACAUGGACUCCCUGCAGUGGAUCGACCAGAACUCGGCCCUGCUGCAGAGGAAGGUGGAGGAGGUGACCAAGGUGUGCGAGGGGCGGCCCAAGGAGCAGGAGCGCAGCUUCCGGAUCACGUUCCACUGAGCCCGUGGCCGGGCCGCAGCGCCGCGGGUUCCCAGUGUGUUCAGUGGGGGAGUGUGCGG